CUGGGUACUCCCUCUGCAUGAUAUGGGGCCAUUGCAGCAUGGUGUUGGUCUCUGCAGGGCCAUGGCAGAGCCGGAGGAGGACGAGGAGGACAACGCGGCAGCUUUGGAGCAGCUGAUGAUGCAGGCGGGCCGGGCACUGCAGUGGCAGGAGCUGGAGGAGCAGUUCUGCGUGCUGGGAGAGCUGGGCAGCGGAACCUAUGGCCAUGUGGUGCUCACUGAGCCCCGGGAUGGUGGCUCGCCGGUGGUCCUCAAACUGAUGCUGAAGGAACGGACAGAGCGACGGGCAUUCCUGCGGGAAUACUGCAUAGCCCGGUGCCUCUCUGGUCAUGCUGCCUGCAUCCAUGCCCUGCCCCUUGCCUUUGAGAACUCCACACAUUUUGCCUUUGGGCAGGAGCUGGCUCCCGCUGGGGACUUGUGCAACCUGCUCACACCAGGGGAGGGCCUGCCCGAGGUGCUGGUAAAGCGCUGUGCCUCUCAGCUGGCCGAGGCACUGGAUUUCAUGCACAGCCGGGCCCUGGUGCACCGGGAUGUCAAGCUGGACAACGUGCUGCUCUUCGACCACGAGUGCCGCCGCGUGAAGCUGGCUGACUUUGGGCUCACCCGCCUGCAAGGUUCAGAAAUUGGUGCCAUGUCUGGCGCACUGCCCUACGCUCCGCCGGAGCUCUGCUUGCUGCAGGGCUCUGACACACUGGAGCUGGACUCCAGCCUGGAUGUUUGGGCUUUUGCUGUGUUGCUCUUCUGCCUCUGCACUGGCUGCUUCCCUUGGGCUGUAGCUGCCAGCCCUGACCCCCAGUUUGAAGCCUUCAGUGCUUGGCAGGGUGACACAGUGAGACGGGAGGCACCAAAGUCUUGGGGUGGCUUUGAGUGUGGGGCACAGGAGAUGCUGCAGCGCCUGCUGCGGCUUGACCCUGACCGCCGCAGCCCAGCCAUCGAGGUACACAAGUACCUGGCCUUGCCCUGGCUGACAGCACCCAGCAGCAGGGAUCAGACCGAUGGCCCUGAUGGGCCGGGGGCGGUGGAUGGUGAUGGACAUGGAGGGGGGGAUGGUGAUUCACAUGGAGUGGUGGAUGGUGGCCCUCAGUCACCCCUUGCUAGGGGUUCAGGGGAUGAUGGGGUGUGCGGUGACAGCAGUUAUGGGGAGGGGAACAGCAUGCCCACAACACCCGCCAGCGCCAUGGCCCUGUGCCACUAGCUGGCAUCUCCAACAUGGCACGGAGAGGUCCUUGGGGUGUGGGCUGGUGUCUUCUUCUUCUUGGAAUGCAGCACAGAAUGGACGUGAAGCUGUUCGAGAGGAUCCAAAGGAGGCCACAAAGAUGCCCAGAGGGCUGGAGCACCUCUUCUAUGGAAAGAGGCUGAGAGAAUUGGGUUUGUUCAGUCUGGAGAAGAGAAGGCUCCAGGGAGAUCUCAUUGCAACAUUCCAGUACUUCAAGGGAGCUUAUAAACAGGAGAGGGAGUGACUUUUUGCACAGUCUGAUUGUGAUAGGACAAGGGGGGAAUGGUAUUUAACUAAAAGAGGGAAGAUUUAGGUUAGAUGUUAGGAGGAUUUUUUUUGCUCAGAGGGUGGUGAGGCACUGGAACAGCUUGCACAAAAAAGCUGUGGUUACUCUAUCCCUAGAGGUCCUCAAAGCCUGUUGGAUGGAGUCCUGGGCAACCUGGGUGGCAACCAGCUCAUGGCAGGGGGUUGGAAAUAGAUGGACUUUAAGGUCCCUUCCUAGCCAACCCAUUCUAUGAUUCUAUGUUUCUUGUGGGCUGGAAUGGAAGCCUUGGACUCCACUUGGUCCCCUGGGUGAGAACAUCAGGAGCAGAAAGCCAGGCCAGGAGCACAGUGUGGGCAGGGGAAGGAGAAGAAACACCUCAGGCUGUAUUUGGAGGAGGUCAGGGACCCUUGACACUUUACACCCUAUUAAUGAAUACAAUGGCAAAGCACCUGAGCAACAAAUGAGCAAGGGAAAGCCAAGGAAAGAGCAGCCAGCAGGACACAGAGAAAUGGGAGGAGAGCAGCCAGUCAAAAUUGUUAAGACUGGUGCAACAGCUUGGUGGAGGUGGGUGGUAAAACUGCUCAUCAGUUCUGCAGGGGAACCCAGAAAUGGAUCUGACAUUCACUCCUUUCAUACCUGUGUGAGGAGGAUGUCAGCCUGCUGUAAUCAGUUAAGAUGCCAAAGGAUUUCCUUGGCAUUAAUGAGGUGAGGAGACAAAUGUAAGCACACCAGGCACACAGAUAGGUUGGGAAGAGCUGUGGGGCAAAUUCCUAGUGCUUGAGGGAGAGGAGAUCAACCUGGAAUACAGCUCCCUCUGAACAAUUCAUGGCUCUGCCAAAGGUGGAAAAUUUGCACUGAGAGGAUGGGAUGUGGAUAUAUAAAAGAGACAGAGGGAGAGCACAUUGGGUUGGCUCUGCAUGUGGAAGAUGCUGGCAUGUGAAUGGACUUCAGGGUCCUGAAGGAAGAAAUUUUUUGGGAUGAGGGUGAUAAGGCACUGGAACAGGUUGUCCAGAGGAAUUGUAAAUGCCCCUUCCAUGGAAUUGCUCAAGGCCAGAAUGGAUAAGGCUUUGGGAAAUCUAGUGGGAAGUGUCCGUGCCCAUGAAUGGGCUUAGAACUGUGUGGUCUUUAAGGUCUCUUCCAACCCAAACCUUUCCAUCAUCCCUAUGAUUCUAUGGCUAGAAUUCCAUGACUAUAGCUUUAUGAUCUCGGACUAAGCAAGAAGAACACCGCUGCACAGUGGAAGGAGAGCUGGAAAUCAGCUGAGAUGCUGAAGCUUAAUAAAACUCUCUGUGUUUUGCCUUUUUUUUUUAUAACUGUUUUCCCUCAAGACAGUGGCAGGACAAAAAGGACUGAUUUUAAAAUAAAAGAGGGAAAAUUUAGGCGACAUAUUAGGAAGUUGUUUUUUUUUUUUUUU